AUGCAUCCUUACGACUUCCAAAGAGCUUCGCCCCAAACCUCAUCCCCUCCGAAUGGCCCAACAGGUCGAGGUGAAAAUGCCCUAUGGGUCGGCAACAUCCCGUCGAACACCACCGUCAUGCGUCUCAGAGACUAUUUCUCCAACGCAAUGCCAUCACAACACGACUUGCUCAGCAUCUCCUAUAACCCCGAUGCGAGAUACGCAUUCGUCAAUUUCCGAACCGAUUCAGCUCGCAUGCUCGCCAUACAGCAGGCGGCAUAUCACCUCUUGGAUGGAAAACGACUGGACUGUCGUAUCCGUCAGAACGGCUCCAGCAGAUCAACCAAGGUCAACUAUGGUCUCGACUCAGGACGUCCAAGCCAAUCGAUAUCGAUAUCCAGUGAUGCACCAAGCACCCUACGGCAUAAAGUGGAGGAGAUGUUGCACUUCCCCGAAGCAGAUAGCUCUCAAUACGGAAAGGAGAAGUACUACAUCCUGAAAAGCUAUUCACUCGAGACUCUUUACCAAAGUCUCGCAUCUGGGCUUUGGCACGUUCCCAAGCGGCAUGUCGAACGACUGAAUAACGCCUUUCAGACAGCCAGCAAGGUCUACCUGAUCUUUUCGGUGAAUGGUUCUGGUCGCUUCUUCGGCUAUGCAACGAUGCGGGCCGAAAUCUCAGAUGAAGAACGCCCCACCCCAUCUGCAAACGGAAAUCUCUUUCCGGCGCACCCAGCGCAGGAACCGUACGACACCGAGUUGACAGAGUCUGGCAGCGAUUCGCAAUCGGAGCCCACUUCACGGAGGCCGUCACUUUCGUCCUGUGACACGUCUGUCACAACCGGAUCGAUUUCCUACGAGCCCCAGAGAAGGAAGAUCAUAUGGCACGCGUCGUCAUCACCGCAUUGCCCGAGAAGUCCCUCCACCGCAGAUGGCUCAUACCCGUUGCAAUUUCCCAUCUCGUCGCCAGAUUCGAUCGACCCACCGAGCCUGGACUCAAACUCAGUGUCCUCAAACCUGACGAUCUGCACUCAGCCUUGCCGCAUAAAAUGGCUUUCGGCGCAGAGCGUACCCUUCGAAGAGCUCCGUGGUCUCAGAAAUGUCUGGAACAGUAACAAGGAGAUUCACGUCGCCAGAAACGUCACGGCUGUGGAACCCGCCGCUGCGGCAAUGCUGCUAAGGUUCUGGAAAGGACGGGAACAAUCCACAAGGUUAGGGAGGAAUGGUUUGAUUCCAGCUGAUCUAUCGAUCAUGAAGCGAUAA